AUCUUAAUACUUCAUAUCUUAUCAUAUCCUCUUCACUUUACGUUUCUUCAUUCCCAAAUAACUUUUGUAGAUCAAGAAACGACAAUGGCUUCCUCAUUCACCAUCCCAGAGCAUGAAGAAGUCAUCUCCAUCCCACCAACCACCACCACCACACCCCACCGGACCUUUGCUCUACCGGUGGAUUCAGAACACAAAGCCACAAAGAUGAAGAUCUUCUCAGUAGCACAACCGCACAUGAGAGCAUUCCAUCUUUCAUGGCUCUCAUUCUGCACUUGUGUCAUCUCCACAUUCGCAGCCGCCCCACUUGUCCCGAUAAUCCGGGACAACCUCGACCUCACCCGGGCGGACAUCUCGAACGCGGGCAUCGCGUCCGUAUCGGGCAGCAUCCUCUCACGCCUCGUGAUGGGCGUGCUGUGCGACCUCAUUGGACCGCGAUACGGUUGUUCAGUUAUUAACUUGUUGGCUGCUCCUGUGGUUUUUAGUGUGUCCUUUAUAGCGGAUGCUGGUGGCUACGUGGCGGUCCGGUUCAUGAUCGGGUUCUCAUUGGCGACAUUCGUGUCGUGCCAGUACUGGACAAGUGUUAUGUUUAAUGGGAAGAUUAUUGGGGUCGUUAAUGGGGUGUCCGCGGGAUGGGGCGACACUGGAGGUGGGCUUACUCAGCUCCUAAUGCCAGUGCUUUUUCAUGUUAUUAGUCAGAUGCUUGAAUGCACGCCUUUUACAGCUUGGAGGAUCGCGUUCUUUGUUCCGGGUUGGUUUCAUUUGAUCGUUGGGGUUCUUGUUUUGAUCUAUGGCCAAGAUUUGCCUGAUGGGAACUUUGCUCAAGUUCGAAAGGAGGGAGGAGCUUCAAAGGAUAAAUUUUCAAAGGUGUAUAAGAAUGCUGUCACAAAUUAUAGAACAUGGAUCUUUUUCUUGAUUUAUGGAUAUUCAAUGGGCGUGCAGCUUUGCUUAAAUAAUGUCAUCUCCGAAUACUUCUAUGACAGGUUUAGUUUAAAGCUUCACACAGCCGGAGUAGUGGCAGCCAGUUUCGGAGUGGCUAACUUCGUCACCCGCCCAUUCGGGGGCUACUUAUCCGACCUAUCCGCUCGCAAAUUCGGAAUGAGGGGCCGACUAUGGACAUUAUGGAUCACACAAACCCUAGGAGGAGUUUUUUGCAUAUGGUUUGGCCAAGCCGAUACGCUACCAAUCGCCAUACUAUCAAUGAUGCUAAUGGCCUCGGGAGCACAAGCCGCAUGCGGUGCAACUUACGGCAUUAUUCCAUUCGUGUCGCGACGAUCCCUCGGCAUUUUAUCCGGUUUAACAGGUGCUGGUGGCAAUCUGGGUGGUGGUUUGACACAACUUCUGUUUUUCUCCGGUGGUAGGUUUUCAACCGCCAUGGGGCUGACGUGGAUGGGUGUUGCUACCGUGGUGUUAACGGUUCCGGUGGCUUUUAUUCAUUUCCCGCAAUGGGGGAGUAUGUUUUUACAGGCUUCAAAGGAUGAGAAAUACAAUGAAGAGUAUUAUUAUUGCUCGGAGUAUAGUGAGGAGGAGAGAGAGAUGGGGUUGCAUCUCGGAAGCAUGAAGUUCGCAGAGAACAGCCGGGCGGAGCGCGGUAAGAGAUCGGUGGCUGCUGUGGCGGAAACCUCGCCGGACACCACGCCAAACCACCACGUUUGAAGGAUCGGAGAAAUGAAUAAAACUAAUAAAGUUGUAGGGUUGGUUGAGUAAAGAAAUAAAAAAAGAGUGAUAGUAUAAGCAGUUGUACAUAUUUUGCCGUACUUCUCGGAGCUUUUGCUUUUUGUAAAAGGUAUCCGGGUCUUUUUUCCUUUUCUUUUUUCUACUUACACUAGGGUUCAUAAUUAUCAUUAUAUUUCUUUUAAAAUUUGUAUAAUUAAUAUUUUAUUUUGUAAUAGUAAGUUGUUGAAAUAUAUGCAUUUCACUUCUUUUAAGUUA